CUCGAUCGAUAGCCACGCGAGCAAUUUGCGAUUGCCUUCCCCUACACAUGGCUGAAUGGCGCCGGCUGUAGACGAGGACCAUGCGCCAAGCGAGUUGACGACGAGCGAGACAGGGCCACAGCCGGCGGCGGCCGCCGAGUCUGGCGCAACGGCAGCAGCAGCGCCGAGUCGCGCCUUGAGCAGGCUGGAUACGCAGCUUAACAGUUCCAGAGACGACGACAGCCUCUCGCGAGAACAAGCAGCCAGCCAAGCCAACAACGCCGUCGACGGCGGCGAGGAAGCGCUGCGCACCGCGACGACUUCGCCGAGCUCCAUCGCCUCGCCGCCACCGUACUGGCCUCACGCCUUUGCGCACCAGCGCACCGCCUCCAACUUGUCCGCCGAGUCCAUCCUGCCGAUAACGUUGCGCGACAACGACACGAGCGACGACGACAGGAACAGCGCGUGCUGGGCCAAGAGCGUGGAGAUUACCGACUACAUUGUCGUCAACGGGAGCAACACCAACAUUGGCGCAUUCGUCGUCUGGAACGUCCGGGUCGAGACGUUGAGUGGAAGCUACAUGAAUAUCAGAAAGCGCUACUCCGAGUUCGACGACUUCCGGCAAAAGCUCACAUCGUCGUUUCCAAACUUCAAGGCCGCCGUGCCGGAGCUCCCGCCGAAGAGCGCAAUCUUCAAGUUCCGCCCCAAGUUUCUAGAGAAGCGCCGCGCCGGCCUGCAAUACUUUUUAAAGUAUGACAUUCCAUUGCGUUUCUGCUUUUCCCCCCAGUAA